AUGACAAUUAAAUAAGGUUAUGAACAGAUGACUUGACUAAUAAAAAAAACUAGAUAAAAAGUGAUUAUUUGUAAUUUAUCUCUACAGUAAGUACAACUAUCGAUUAAUACGUCAUGCUCCAGUAGUCCUCAUUUCACAAUGUUUCGUAAACCGGCCUUAAUUAGCCUUACAGCUGUCUUAUUUGCAGGCUUAAGAACAGUAAUGGCGUCAUCAGAGAUCAAUUGGAAAGAGGCGAAGUCGAUUUACGAUUUUACGGCGAAGACAAUCGACGGCGAGGAAGUCAGCUUGGAUAAGUAUCGGGGGCAUGUCGCGAUAAUCGUGAACGUCGCCUCUCAGUGCGGCUACACCAAAAAUCACUACGAAGAGCUGGGCGAGCUCUUCGACCAGUACGGCGACAGCAAAGGUUUAAAGAUCUUGGGCUUUCCGUGCAACCAGUUUGCCGGGCAGGAGCCGGGCGAUUCGGCGACAAUUUGCAGUUUCGUACGUACGCACAACGUCAAGUUUGACAUGUAUGAAAAGGUCAACGUUAACGGCGACGAUGCUCAUCCGCUGUGGAAGUAUUUGAAGCAUCAGCAGGGUGGUACGUUUGGGGAUUUCAUCAAGUGGAAUUUUACCAAGUUUGUCAUCGAUAAAAAUGGACAGCCCGUAGCGAGGUUUGGCCCGAAUACUAGCCCCAAAGAGUUGGUGUCGACACUAGAGAAGUAUUGGUGAAAAUUAGGACCGCUUUCAAUUAUAUAAAGUAGGCUUAGUUUUGAAUUGGUUUUGUGCUCUUUAGGCCCUUUAGAUUGGCUCAAGGAGAUGGUGUGUUCUUAUAUGUUACCACUAUUUAUUAUGUUCCUAUAGCUUUUCUAGUUUUGUAUCCAAAAGAAGCUGUAUUUUGAAUAAAAUAAGAAAAAAAUUUGCUUCCAAUGAA